CUAAAAGCGGUCAGUGGGUGGCGAAGAACAUAAUCAAUAGACGUGGAAAGCGUGAGAUGGGGUCCUAGAGAAAAACGGAUCUGUAAAUGUGUCGAGUGAUAUGUAAAUGAUAAAGAGAAGGUUCUAGUAACAGCCGAAAUGCAGCCACCUCCAAGAAAGGGAAACUACGCCAAAUUUUUGAAAAAUCUACACGACGAACAGAUCAAAAAAUUGCUAUUAAAGAACCAGCAUGAAUGUGACUUAUUAGAAGAUAUAAGAAGUUAUACUCUGAAGAAGUGCGCUAUCGAAAAAUCAUAUUCGGAUGCACUACUCAAAAUAUCUUCAGCUUAUCUGAAUAAAAAAAUUCCAAAUAUACCCGACAUAAAAUUAGAAGGAGGCGAAGAAAAAUGGAAUAUGUGGAAUGUAUGGCGGACUGUUCUAGAGGAAAACGAGAAAUUAGCGCGAGCUCGAUUAGCAGCAGUGGAAGUGUUUCAAACACAAAUAGCAGAAGAUUCGAAGCUACUUAAAGCUCAUAAAGUUCAAACUGCUAGAAAGUGUGUGGAUCAUCUAGCCAACGUUCAGAAGGAAUUGCAGAAUUGCGUACAGGAUAUUGAUAAAACGAAAAAAUUAUAUUUCGAUGAAGAACACAGUGCUCACGAUGUAAGGGAUAAGGCAAGGGACAUCGAGGAGAAGUUGAAAAAGAAGAAGGGUUCUUUCUUCCAGUCUAUCACGUCGCUUCAGAAGAACAGCGCUAAAUUUUCUUCGAAACGGGAGCAGUUGGAAGAGAAAUCAGCGGGUGCGAGAAACGAUUAUUUGCUCUGUCUGGCGGCUGCCAAUGCUCAUCAAACUAGAUAUUUUGUCGUCGAUCUGCAGCAGUGCAUGACAGCCUUGGAAAGUGGUGUUUAUGAGAAGGUGGCCGAAUAUUUGACGCUCAUGGGUCGUACCGAACUCUUAACGUGUUCUGCUAUGCAGAACUCGUAUUCCACCAUCAGGGACCAGGCGAAACAGCUAACCAGAGAGUACAAUCUACAGUGCUGCUAUUUGUACUAUCCAGUUUUGAAACAACACAUUCAAUAUGAUUUCGAGCCAUGCGAUAACGAUCCAAUCACGACCAUUCUGGCAGAACACGAUAACGCCGCGUCAACUCUCAAUAAGGAAGCACGAAGAUGGGCAACUCGAAUAGCCCGGGAAGAUAACAAUAUAAAGGAGUGUACGAAGAAGAUGCAGAUAUACCAGGCCCUGAGGGAUUCUGGCCAAAGGGUAGAUCCACAGGAUCAGAACGGUCCGGACCUGGAAACCAAGAUCGAAGAUAUGAGGCAGCAGAUACGGAAGUCCGAAACUUCGAAGGCGAAGGCAGAAGCCAGAAUCGAGUGCCUACGAGCCGGCGGCGUCAACGUGGACGAGUGGCUGCAGGAGGCCGAGAUGCUGAAUGUACAGGACAUUCAGAGAUCGACGAGUUCCUUAUCGGUGAGAACUGAUGCUUCGGGGAUGGCGGAUCACCCCAGUUCUGAUUCGUUCUAUGACAGCGAUUUCGCGGAAACGGAAGCACCUGCUCCCCAGCCUGUUUCUCAGCCAAUGGUCGAACAUGCUGAUAGUGAAGAUAGCCAAGCAGAAACAGCAGAGGUCGACGGUGAGUGGGCUAUGCUAGAGAACGAGAGGCAGAGGAUAGAACAGUUAACAGCCGGAUGGGACGACCCUACUCAAGUAGAUUGGGGUACUGAGGAUGCUUCAGCAGUAGAAGACAACAGUUCGGAUAUACAGAGGGAUAGCAUCGUUUCCAGCAGUUCCCUAUUGAAAUGCACAGCUUUGUAUUCAUACACGGCCCAGAAUCCGGAUGAGCUAACGAUAAUCGAAAACGAGCAACUGGAAGUGGUAGGUGAAGGAGACGGGGACGGAUGGUUGAAAGCUAGAAACUACAGGGGCGAAGAAGGUUACGUGCCCCACAAUUAUUUGGACGUGGAACGAGAACAGCUUCCGACCAAUCCGGGAUUGGUCAAUCAGAUAUCAUUUUCUUCCGUAGAUUACACGAUAGAUCAGGAGGAGGAGAUGACGGCGCAAUCGGGAACAACAACGAAUCAAUCCCCUGAACAAAUAUCUGUCAUUUCUAUCCCAGCGGCGGACGCUUCUCCGAACCAGCCCCUGAGCAUGACGGAACGUCAAGACACCCUGCCGCCAACGUACUGCAUCGCCCUCUACGACUACGACGGAGAAGGAAGCGAAGAACUGACGUUCGAGGAAGGCCAGAUCAUCAGGGUGCUGUCCAAAUGCGCCCACAGCGUCGACGACGGAUGGUGGCAGGGCGAGCUGGAGGGUAGGAUAGGCAACUUUCCCUCCCUGGUCGUGGAGGAAUGCGACGAAUUCGGAGAGCCCAUGUCCAACGAACUGGACCAAUCGCCACCCCCGUCCGCCCCUCCGGUUUUCACGCCGCCCGGCGCGCCCCCUGGGGAGUUCAACGAGUACUUUUCGGACGAGCCGGAACUGCCGCCACCCGCUGAGCAGCCGCCCCCGCCGCCGCCUGAUAUACUGGAGGAGGUGGCGGAUUUCAACCCCGCAACAUCUUCCAGAAAUAGCAAUAAUUUUUCGAUGGAGCUGUCGAGGAACCAGCAAGAGCACUACGUGUCGCAGUUCGACGAGACGGAAGAGAAUAAUAUACCAGCAAUAGAAAUUCCUAGUUUAGCAGUUGAAGAUGAGGACCCCCAGGAAGCCAACAACGAGGCAAAGUACUCAUCCGGAGACUUCGGCUUGGGUGUGGCACAAAUAGUCAUCACAGCUGCGACACCGAUGAUAGAGGAACCAGAGUCAGCAUUCCCGCCGGUAGAAGAAGAGGAAGAAGAAGAAAAAGGCAACGUGGAAGAGGAAAACGCGGAAGAGAAACUUCCAGAAGAAGAGACUCCUCCGGAACCCGAGGAAGAUGACAGAUCGCAGCCACCAAAGCAGUCCCGAGUGGACUCGAUGGACGAGAUAGACGAAACGCCAGCCGACUCAGCUCCUUUCGCCAUAAGCAGUAGCACCGGCAGUGACGGCGAUACCACAGGACCUAGUACGGCGGAAAACUCCAUCAGUCAAGUGCCGCCUCCGCUUGUCACCGACGUGGAACCCAAGCAGGUCGUGGGCGGUAGAGCCAGCAUCCCCGACGAGUUGGAGCCACACCAAUUAGCACGACUUCAAGACCUGAAAGAGUCGAAUGCGUAGAUAAUCUCGAAGUUCCUGAUUUCCAAUCGAUAAUGGCACACGUCAGAAUCAAUCUUUUUCCUUUCGGCGUUUUUUUCCUGUGAAAACUGGAAUAAAAGGAAUAAUACUCUCACAACACUAAAUAUAUACAGGGUGGCCAUUUGAAAACGAAACAGACGAGAUUACAGACGAAAUAAAUUUUUUCGAUAGAAAUGCUCGGACAGGUCGAU